GUUGAACGAUACGUUUACUGGUUGUUGCCGGUUGUGUUCAAAAUUGUUUUAUUUAACUUGGUUAUCGUGAUUUUUAUAGAAAACAGUUGUGACAAUGUUGCAAUCUAUAUUCGACGAUGUACGGCGAAUGAAUAAACGGCAGCUCCUGUAUCAGAUGUUAAGUUUUGGUAUGAUCGUUACAUCUGCUCUGAUGAUAUGGAAAGGCUUGAUGGUUGUAACAGGUAGUGAAAGUCCGAUCGUGGUCGUUCUCAGUGGUAGUAUGGAACCAGCUUUCCAUAGGGGAGAUUUGUUACUUUUAACCAAUUACCAAGAUGAACCAGUCAGGGUAGGAGAAAUUGUUGUUUUUAAAGUUGAAGGUAGGGAUAUUCCAAUUGUACACAGAGUACUUAAAUUACAUGAGAAGGGUGAUCAUAAUAAUACUGUUAAAUUUCUAACAAAGGGCGAUAAUAAUUCUGUUGAUGAUAGAGGUUUAUAUGCAGCUGGUCAAUUAUGGUUGACACAUAAAGACGUUGUUGGCAGAGCAAGGGGUUUUAUGCCAUAUGUAGGAAUGGUUGCAAUAUGUAUAAAUGAAUAUCCCAAAUUUAAAUAUGCAGUAUUAUCCUUUUUGGGAUUAUAUGUUUUGGUACACAGAGAAUGAAGGUAUUUCAUAUGGGAAGUUAUAUGAAGUAGACUAUCUUAACAUUUACAAAAAAAGUACAUUGUAAAUUUAAAUUCUAAUUCAUAACUCAAAUACACAUGUGAAGCUAUGUACAAUGUGAUUUUAUGUCUUGUUGAUUUCGUACCACUUGAAGAACCUUUUGUUAUGCAAGAGGUUAAUAACAUAAUAGUUUUGCAGAAUUGUAUGUAUAUUUACAAUAGUAAUAAGAAAAUAUUAAGGUACAUGUGUAAUACAACAAUACUUUUGUACCGUAUUAAAAAAUAAUGUUCUGCCAUUAUUGGCAAAAUUAAAUGUACAAAUGUUUUUAUUUUCAAUUAAUACUAAUGUUGUUUUUCGAAAAUUCAUUUACUCGUUUCAUAAAUUAUUUACAAAAAUUUCCAUUAACAAAAUAAUAUAUUAUACAAAUACCAAUAGUCUCAAUAUUCUAUAUUUGUAAUUGCAUUUAUAGUAUUUUCUAAUUAUAAUGUAAAAAUUAUUAUAUCACUGAACAGGUAGGAAGUGUAAUUAAUUUACGCUUAUUUUCGAUAUUGGGAGAUCAUAAAAUCAAUAAAUAUUCUGUAUAAAAGAUAAAAGAAAGAAUAGAAAAUUUGGGAAAAUAAACAUUAAAAUGUAUAUAUUUAAGUAGGCUCUUUAUUUUUACAGCUUAUAAAAUUAAGCAUAUCUUCCCUACCUUCUUCAAAGUUGCAAUAUAUGUAUAUAAAGUUUUUAUUUUAUGGGCACUGAAUAUUUUAAAAAUAUUGACAAUUUUAUAGACCACUUAACAUAGUAUAACCGACCAUCAAUGAAACUUGUUUGUAGUCAACUCGUAUGAAAAUCUUUGUAUAUUAAUUACGUUUAUUCAAUGCAAUGUAACUUUUGUCUCUGACUAUCUCAGAUUAUGAAAUAAAUUUAUAGUACACAAAUUA